CAAGUUAAAAGGACCCCUGAGGUUUCUUCCAACCUCACUCUUUUGUGACUCCCUCAGUGGAAGAUUUGCCAUUCAUUUCUUUCCGAAGUGAGAAAGGAGGAUGAGUAUGCAAAGCUACAGCCAACCAGGCAGAUGCUACCUCAGCCUGAGGAAGGGGUUUUAACCCCGAACGCUUGCUGAGGAAGGCAAUUUCCAGCUAUUUAGCUGGUCUAAUAAAAGAUAUCAGAUGCACCCCGAGAGCCUUGCCAAGCUACAACCGAGGCGUCCACCUCCUUCCGUUGCCUUUUACUUGAGCAGAGAUCUGGGGUCUUGCUUUGACUUGGACGCACUUUUGAAGUCAGAGAAAUCCUGGCAGGCUCCCCCUAAAGAAGAGCCUGUGUUUCUUGCCCGCCUUUGCGGCGCCUUGCGGGCCAGCCGGAGGAAGAAACGGGGCAAUUUCUUCGCGCAGGGAAUCUCUCUGCCCCGCCGGGGUCCUAUCCCAGCAGUCUCCUCAUGCCGCCUACCGACAGGGGGUUUCCAUUUAGCAUCAAACCCACAUUUUAUCCGGAAACCGGGGGUCCGGCGCACGGGUCAGUGCAGGUUCCGGCGCUUUUCACGGAGGGGACUUGAUUCAUUUAAUCCGGCAAACUAGGGGGGGAUGAAAGCGCGGCUCCCCUGCCACGCCGGCCGGGCUGCAGCAGGACCCCGCGCGGCCCGAUCCCGGGGGCUGCAAAAGCACAAGGAGCGCGGGGGCGGGGGCGUUGAUUCUGCUGCGUCGGGAAGCUUGGCGGGCUUGACUGGGCUGCGUCGGGCUGUGCUGUAUAUAAGACACGGCGGCGGGGUUGUGGGGGGCGCUGUGUCUCGGGCGGCGGCGGAGGGGCGAUGCCGCGGCAGGGCGGGCUGGCUGUGUCGCCGCCGCACUGGCGAGGCGGGGCGGGGCUGUCCGACCUCAUCCUCCGCGCGGUGUGCGCCUCCACGGUCCGCAAGGGCAUGUCCCUGGCCGCCAUCAAGAAGGCGCUGUCGGCCGACGGCUACAACGUGAAGAAGAACAAGGGGCGCAUCAAGGCGGCGGUCACCGCCCUCGUCACCAAGGGCCUCCUGCAGCGGGUGACGGGCAGCGGCGCCUCCGGCUCCUUCCGCAUGGGCAGGAUGCCGAAGGAGAGCCCCGCCCGCCCGGCCGCGGCGGCGGCCAAGAGCCGCAGAGCGAGCGCGGCCCGGAGGAAGGAGACGAAGUCCCGGAGGAAGCAGGCGGCGGCGGGGAAGGGCUCCGGCAGGGGCAAUAAGCGGGGCGCUAAAACACCCAAGAAGCCGGCGGCCAGAGCCCGGCGGAAAGCCGCGGGCAGGAAGCGGCAGUAAAAUCCGUGCCGCGCUGACUUACAAACCCAAAGGCUCUUUUAAGAGCCACCACGUGCUCCGUGGAGGAGCGGCUACACUGCGGGGGGGUGGUUCCCUGACAGCCGCCUGUCACGCUAGCAGAGCCCCGGGCAGUUGCUCUGCUCCCA